UUCACAUCAAUGUGGAUUUUCAAUCGAUUGAAUGGUUUCCAUUAAUGACAUCCCAGUAAAAUUUAAAACAUAUUGAAUUUUAGUCAAUUAUAUCAACAAUUAACAACUGUCUUAAAAUUUGAAAAAAGCAGGCAUGUUAAGAAAACUUCAUUCAUGACAAGGUAUAGACUCGUGUCUUCAAUUGUUUGACACGUGAGUCACAAAAUAUCGUUUUGUUUUAUUAUUGAGAAGAAUUCGACUAGAUUUAUUAUUAUUAAUUAAUUGAAGCAAGAAAAAUUACAUUCAAUUGUUUUGAAUAUUACAACAUUGGUUGAUAUUAGUUAUUUUGGAAAUACGAUUCAAAUAUGGAGCGGGAAUCAAAUCCAAUGCAAGCACUUUGUAGAUCUGGCUGCGGCUUCUAUGGAAAUCCAGCAACAGACGGUCUUUGUUCAUUGUGUUAUAAGGAAGCAUUAAAAAAGAAACAACAGCCACCACAACCUACACCAAGUCCAACAAAUAGCGUAAAUACAGCAUCUAGUUCCAGUUUCUCACCAACUGCAUCGCUUGUCAGUCUUAGAGAUACAGCCACAGCACAACCAACUGUACCCAUAUGUAUUACGCCCUCAGAUAUUGCUAAAGACAUAAACGAAGAUGGUGGAGCAAGCGCUGGUGGAAGUAUAGCUAGUUCAGUAAGUUCAAAUGAUCAAGACGAUAGCUUUGAUGGUAAAGACGAUAAAGAUACUAAAAAGAAAAAAAAUCGAUGCGCUACUUGUCGUAAGAAGGUUGGAUUAACAGGAUUCCAAUGUCGAUGCGGCGGUUUAUAUUGUGCAGUACAUCGAUACAGUGACAAACACGAUUGUUCAUUUAAUUAUCGAGAGAUGGGUGCACAAGAAAUUCGACGUAAUAAUCCUGUUGUUGUGGGUGAGAAAAUUCAAAAGAUAUGAAGUAGUAAUUGUAGUAAUAUGAUCGCCAGCCACUUGCAUUAUUAUCUAAACUAUCAUCAUCAGAAACAACAAUUUCAACUUGAACGUAAUCUUAUUCAAAUCAAAUCAACCCAGCACAAUUUUAAUAAUACAAUUUUGUACUACGGCAGCUGACUGGACACACAACAAUAAACAAUUUUUAAUUUUUUGUUUUGAAAAAUUAUACAGUGCCAUUUUUGAAAGUGACGUGUCUCUGGCGAAAUAUAAAAAAAAAUAUUAAUAUUUGUUUAAAAAAAAUGAUUAUUAUAU